AUGUCCGGCCUUAGCAGGACGACAUCGUCAAACAACAACAGCAACAGUAACAGCAAUGCCCCGUCCAUGUCCUCCACCGGCCUGAUGCCCGCCGGCGUCGAUGCCGACUCAGGCCGCCCCCGUAACCGGAGGGCCACACCCAGUGCCGUCUCGGAAACCAGCAGGAAUCCGUCGACAUCCCGCCUGAGCCCGGCCAUUAGUCCCGUGCCCAGUCGGGGGGUCAGUCCCAUGCCAUCAGCCCGCCUGAGCAGCUCCAAGCUUUCCAACAGUGGCCGCUCGACGCCAACCAAUGCCUCGUUUAGCAAGGGGCUGCUGGAGGGCUCCUGGGCUCCGAGCUGGACGUCAGUCCAGGACUUCGCCUCCUCGCUGAUUUCUGGUGGGGAAAGCGGCUACAACAGCGAGAGCUCUCGACCGAACAGCAGGAGCGGGAGCAAAUCACGCCAGAAGUCGUCUAUAUGGAAGGGCCUGGGCGGUGGAGGAGGUAACAGCAGUCGAAAGCUGCCGGAUAACUGGGGCCCGCCGCCUCCCACAAAAACAGCACGACCCAAAGCCGAAGACAUCGCCGCAGGGUCGCUGGCGGAGAGACAGGCGGCCCUCAAGGCCAUGAAAACGGCCAGUGUGCUCGAGAGCUAUGACGGAGUCAACGGAGGGCUGGAUGUGGCUGGAAAAUACAAGAGGAGGAACUCGGACGAAAACCUGACGAGGACCAUGAGCGAACCGAUUGUGGAGGAGCACCUCGUUUACCUUCACCACGUGCAACCGAACGAUACCUACGCUGGUGUGGUGCUGCGGUACCGAUGCCAGGAGCACGCCUUUCGAAAGACAAACGGCCUGUGGUCUCGCGACAACAUCCAAGUGAGAAAACACCUCAUGAUACCCGUGGAUUCCUGUGAGGUCAAAGGGCGACCAUGCGAUCCCCCAACUUUUUACAAUCAAAAGGUGGACCACCUAGCAACGACGCCGCAGCCUGAGAGCUUCAUCCAGAGCGGCGCCACGGACUCUGCGCAGUCACAAGUUCUACAUGACGACUUCUUCAGCUCGCAGCCGCGGAAGAGCCAGUCGCUACCAGAGGAGGAGCAGCCCUGGACGCACGUCCGCUGGGUGAAGAUUGAUUCCUUUCAGCACCCUACGGAAAUUGUGAGGGUCUCCCGGAAAGCCAUGGGGUUCUUCCCGCCGAGAAGGAAGAAGAGCAUACACACUGUGUCGACCUUUUCCACGCCCCGGCAGUCUCUUGAUAUGUCUAGGAAAAUGACGGCUGAUUCUAAUGAGCCGGCGCUGGACAGUCCCGGUGGCAUAUCAUUGCGGCGCCAAAGCUCGGUCAGCGGCCGCCCGGUCGUAGGCAGCCUGGGGACAUCCCCGUCAGUGGCAAGGAGCAGAGGAAGUAGCAUCAGUCAGACAGAUAACAUGCCCGCCUGGAUGAGGAGGCCUGGCGGCGUAGGAUCGAUGAGUCGGACCGUCAAGGCGCCCGGGCCUGCCAAGGACUACUUCAACACCUGGGCCAAUAGAAGGCUCCCCAAGGGCUUCAACAUCGACUCGAUGCCGUCCAUGUCCGUCAUGGGCUCCGAGUCGGCGCACUGGGGCUUCGCGAACAAGGGCGACGAGGACGUGCCACGGGGCAUCGUGGAAAGCCCCUUCGAGGACGGGCGCGACGCGGACACGGUCAACAACAAGCAAGGCAUCGGGCUCGAGCAGGCCGCCGCGACCAUCGAGACGUGGCUGCGCGGCGCGUGGGCCAAGCGCCCGACGACCCCGAGGCUCGGCUCCAGGCAGCGCACCGCCGAGGACAUGGACCUGAUCGAGCUGACCGACACCAACAGCGACGACGGCCGGCCGCGCACCCCAACCCUGCGCAUGCCCGAGGCGAACCUGCUCAACUCGGGCUACUUCGGGUCCACGGCGCGCAACGACGGCGACGGCAGCGUCCGUGGCCGGUCCCUGGGGCCCAAGGGGAAGAAGACGGAUUGA